AUGACUGUCAGUAGCAACUGGGAGCAAUGUGAGGCAAGAGAGGGUAUUAUCGAGAGACCCAACGGAGGGGGAUUAUUUGUAUUUACCAGGGGCGCACCGAGACAGCCCAAGCACCCGGUCGUCAUCUUUGAGGCUGGACUCGGAGAAACUGGCGCCUGCUGGGCAGCGGUGCAACGGUUGUUGGAUCCUCGUAUCCGCAGCUACGCUUAUGAUCGUGCUGGGUAUGGACAUAGCCCAGAGUCUAAAGCACCGCGCAGCGCAGUCAACGUGGCCACUGAGCUACUUCAUACUCUCCAAGCCGCCGAUAUCAGCCCGCCAUACAUCCUGGUCGGCCACUCCUAUGGAGGCAUCCUCAUACGUGAAUUUCUCGCCGCCGCAGGUGCAGGCGCGAUAGCCGGAAUGGUGUUUGUCGACGCCAACCAGGAAAAUACACAUCCUCAGCUUCGCAUUCCGUUCCAUAUCAUUCGAGCGCUAUGUGGUGAACGAGACUAUUUAGAUGUCAUCGGGCUACUACACGAGAAUGCCUAUACCCAGGAAGAGCUGGGUCGUAUCCGAAUAGAUGAAGGUCUCCCAACCACGGCGCGUACAUUUGAGAAAGAGGGGGCGCUCUUGCUUGAAAGCUCUGCCGCGUUGAGAGAAAAGCACCAGUUGGAGGCAUGUCCGCUGGGAAUGCGCCCUGUCAGCGUGAUUCGAGGCGACUCACGUCGCGACCUUGAACGUCUGGUAAUGGCAGCCCAAGAAAGUGGCAGCGGUAGUCAAGAGAAUUUGGACGAAAUGAACGAGUUUCUCACAAAUCGGCUUGACAUUUUCGAUCGUGAUCUGCAGAUGCAGCAGUUGCGCUUGUCGGGGAAUAGCCGUUUUGUUCAGGCCACCAACAGUGGACAUGCAGUCAUGGCUACCGAGCCAGAAUUGAUUACCAGCGAGAUUCUUGCUAUUUGGGAGGCGAGCCUGUAG